GCGGCCGGUGCCGCACCGCAAGGAGCGGGCAUGGCGGACGGGACGCGCUCGCUGCGCGGCGGCAGUCCGGCUUCCAGCCCUGUGCUGGGCGGACGGGGCCGCUCCGUAGUGGUGGCGGCGGCCGGGGGAAGCACCCUGCCGGGCCACGGCUUCCGCAGGGUGACCCUUACCAAGCCCACCUUCUGCCACUACUGCACCGACUUCAUCUGGGGGCUGGCCGGCUACCAGUGCGAGGUUUGCAACUUUAUGUCUCAUGAAAAGUGCCUCAAGAAUGUCAAGAUACCAUGCUCAUGUAUUGCUCCCAGCCUUGUAAGGGUUCCAGUUGCACACUGUUUUGGGUCUCCAGGACAUUACAAAAAAAAGUUUUGCACUGUAUGCAGAAAGUCACUAGACUCACCUGCCUUUCGAUGUGAAGUUUGUGAGCUACAUGUGCACACAGACUGUAUCCUGUUUGCUUGCAGUGACUGCCGGCAGUGUCACCAGGAUGGGCACCAGGACCAUGAUACUUAUCACCACCACUGGAGGGAGGGAAACCUUUCAUCAAGUGCUCGUUGCGAAGUUUGCAAAAAAACAUGUGGCUCUUCUGAGGUGCUGUCUGGCAUGAGAUGUGAAUGGUGUGGCAUCCUGGCUCAUGCUGCUUGCUACAUAGUUGUCACACCAGAAUGUACUUUUGGAAGAUUGAGGAAUAUGAUUCUUCCUCCAAGUUGUGUGCAAUUAUUUUCUCGCAACUUCAGCAAACUGCAUUGUUUUCGAAUAUCAGAAAAUUUGCAAACAGAAACAGAUGAAGAUGAUGAUGUUGAAGGGUCAACGCAGGGAUCAGCAAAAGAUAUCCAAAUUUCAACAGAUUCAAGUAAGCAGAAUUUUAGUAAACAAACAUUAAAGAUAUUUGAUGGGAAUGAUGCAGUGAAACGCAAUCAAUUUCGACUGAUUUCAGUACCAAGGAUUGCAAAAAAUGAAGAAGUUGUGGAGGCUGCUUUGAGGGCAUACUACAUAAAUGAUGACCAGCAGGAGUAUGAGCUUCAGACCUUUACACAGCAGGCGCUGCUGUCUGAUGAUGUUAUCAACAGGAACAAUGCUGCAGAGGAUAGCAACUUGGGCUCAGUAUUCCGAGAGUCUGUUCCUGAAGCUUGGAUCAUCAGAGCCAAACCAAAGGAUGAGGAAGUGAUCAGAAUUUAUCCUGCUUGGCUGAAGGUGGGAAUGGCGUAUGUUUCUCUACGAGUAAAUAAGGAUAGCACUACACAGACUGUGAUCAAAGAAGUGCUUCCAUUACUUGGAAGGCAGACGGAGUGCCUCCAGAAUUUCAAAUUGGUGGAAGUGCUUAUGGGCAGUAAGCAAGUUCAGCGCAUGAUCUUGGACAAUCACGAACUGAUUCUUAACAGACUCAAGGACAUAAGAAAGACUUCAAUACGUCAGAUGAAUCAAACAAGAUUUUACAUUGUGGAAAACAGUAAAUCCAUUGUACGAGUAAAUUUAUUUGUUAGUGGCCUUCCACCUCAGCUUUCGCCUGAAGAAUACACAAAUAUUCUCAAGGAUGAAUUGGCUAUCAAAACAAAUGUAGUAUCUGUGAGUCAUGUUUAUCAAGCACAAGGUGCUGUUGUACUCGAAAUUUCAUGCUUUUCUGAAGCUGAAAGAAUAUAUAUGCUAGUUAAAGAUACAACUGUCAAUGACAAGCCGCUGAAUGCUGUGGUGAUUCCUGAAGUGAUGGCUUCCAAGAUACCACAGAACUGCUGCCCACUUCUUGUAUUUGUGAAUCCAAAAAGUGGUGGUCUGAAAGGUCGGGAUCUGCUGUACAGUUUUAGAAAGCUGCUAAACCCACAUCAGGUCUUUGAGCUUACCAAUGGUGGCCCACUGCCUGGGCUUCACAUGUUCUCUAAAGUCCCCUCCUUCCGAGUGCUGGUGUGUGGAGGGGAUGGCACCGUCGGCUGGGUCCUUGGUGCGCUGGAGGAGAUCAGGCACAAGCUGGUGUGCGCAGAGCCCUCGGUUGCCAUCUUACCUUUAGGAACAGGUAAUGACUUAGGGAGGGUCUUGCGUUGGGGAGCUGGCUACAGUGGGGAGGACCCCUACUCUAUUUUGGUAUCUGUGGAUGAGGCAGACGAUGUUCUUAUGGAUCGCUGGACUAUCCUUUUGGAUGCAGACGAGCCAGCUGAAGGUGCAAUGAAUGGCAUGGCAGAACCUGAGCCUCCAAAGAUUGUACAGAUGAACAAUUACUGUGGUCUUGGCAUUGACGCAGAGUUGAGCUUGGACUUUCAUCAUGCUAGAGAAGAAGAACCAGGGAAAUUUAAUAGCAGGUUUCACAACAAAGGAGUUUACGUGAAAGUUGGGCUGCAGAAGAUAAGUCAUACCAGAAAUCUUCACAAAGACAUAAAGCUUCAAGUGGACCAGCAUGAGGUGGAGUUACCAAGUAUAGAAGGACUCAUAUUUAUUAAUAUACCCAGCUGGGGGUCUGGAGCUGAUCUCUGGGGGUCUGAGAGUGAUAACCGCUUUGAGAAACCACGCAUCGAUGACGGCCUGCUGGAAGUUGUUGGCGUGACUGGCGUCGUUCACAUGGGUCAAGUCCAAGGUGGUUUUCGAUCAGGAAUCCGCAUAGCCCAAGGCUCAUAUUUUCGUGUAACACUCCUAAAGCCCAUUCCAGUUCAAGUUGAUGGAGAACCCUGGAUUCAGGCCCCCGGCCAGAUUAUUAUUUCUGCUGCAGGACCAAAGGUCCGUAUGUUGAAAAAAUCCAAGCAGAAACAGAAAAAAACUGGAAGCCUGAGAGAGACGAGAGUGGAUAGCACAUCAGGCUCCGAAGGAGGACGCUAAGUGGAGAGCUGUACUCAGAAGCGAUGCAGCACACCUACUGCGGAUACCAAGAUGGUUCAGUAAAACUGAGUGCAGACAUCUGGUGAAGAGGGUUGCUUAUGAGUGUGCCUUUCGUUACAUUUUGAUAGUACUGGGUUCUAUUUCAUCUUUCAAAGAUAGUGCCUCAUUGUUACAAAUAACUAUUAUGUACCACUUGUCUCAUCUUGUUUACUUUGGGUUGCUUUUCUGUAAGCCAUUUACCAGUCUUUCAUCUAUAUAGAAACUGAGGCCAGAGAUUCCAAGAUGCUGAGAUUUUUGCAUCUACAUUCACAAAGACUCUUCCCCUUCUCCCAGCUUUUUCUUAAAGAAAAUCAUUCCAUCAAUAAUUUUUGGUGCAUCGUUCCAUAAAUGAAAAUGUGUUCCUUUAAUUAUCACAGUAGCCUCCCAACCAAAAAAAGGCAAAGAUAUGAGCUGCUGAGAACUCCUUGGAUCAGUCCAAACAGCACAGCUGAAACAGUACUACCGUAAAGAGAAAAAUACAAAACACAGGAGAGAUGAUUUCUAUAAAAGGAGCCCUGUGCACUGGGAAGAGAGAAUGUACCACAACAGUUGAGUCAGAAUAUUUCAGAGAGUUUAUUUCAACAGUAUUUGGACAAUAUGAAUGAAGAGGACACAGCUUGUAGAGCGAGUUUUCAGCUGCAGCUUAGUUUCUCCUAUAUUAUUUGGCCAAAGCCUGUUGUGAAAGGCAUUUGAAUUUUAGGAGCUAAUGUAAAAAGGAACAAGAACACCCGAGGCAGUAUUACAUUACACUGAUUUUUUACUAUAAUUGAAACCAUUACCUUUGACACCAGGCUCUUAUUCUUUCUUUACUUGCACUGUUUCAUUUUCAUUAAUUUGUCACAGUUGGGCUGUUAUUUAACAGCAAGCUCAAAGACUAAAAGUCAUCACUAAUUAGGGUAAAAGUACCACCAUUUAGUGUUCACUUAAGUAAAUUAGCACAUUCAUGUGUUAGAGCUGAAGUACAGUGUAGCUUUGCUGAGGACCCUCAGGAGGUAUUGAAGCUUGUAGUGUGCAUGUAACAUGCUGUAGGCUUCAGAUAACUGGGAAUGCAUUAGCUGUCAUGAAAACUGACUUACCUGGUCAGCCUUCUCAAGUUCUUGGUGAGUGGCGCUAUCAGGUGUGGGCCCAGGGACAUGGUGACUAUCUCCUCACUUGGAUGAGUGUGUGCGCUUCAGAGGCUGUUCCUCUGUCAGCUCCUGUGAGAUGGAGAUCACCUCUCUGCUUGCCCAUCUGCUGAAGAUGUGGGGAUCCAGUACUUCUUUUACAGCUUCCUGCUAGAGAUUGGUGCGAGAGCAGACAUGCUGGUCCUGUCAUACACUACAUAUAGCUGCUGUUUAUGGCCAUAGUUGUGGUCUUCACUCACAUCUCUGCUGGUCUCAUCUCACUGUGGUUGUCUAGUGACUGAACCUUUCACUUCAGAUGAACCUCAUACACAAGGGGCCGAGUCAGUUGUGGUGCAGGGGACCUGCAUGGUUUUGCCACUUGUAGGCAUCUGCAUCUGCUGCCUGGUGCUGUUUAAGCCGCGUUGGCCAGAGCCCACUUAGCUAGCCAGUGGGCUUAUUUGCCUGCUCUAUUGCACGGUAUUAAUGAAUUCAGCUGUGGAUGGCAUGAAUUGAUCACUCAAGUGGCAGCUUUGGGAGUGUUCCUCUUGCCAGGGUGUCUAGAAAAACACCUCCAGCUGCUUCAGGGGACUUCAGUAUAACUUUGAAAUACGCAAAAGGUGUUUUGUGUUGGAGCCAAUGAUGUGCUGAGGCAGUUGUUGCUAGGGCUUGUUGAUCAGUCUGUACUCCAAGCACUGUGCCAGCUUCAGCAAUGUCUGAUCGUUACCUUGCUUUCUACUUUUCAGUCACAGUGCAGAUGAGGGUGUGAAAGUGAGUGCUGCAAGGCAGUCCUCUAUAGCAAAAGUGAUACAGCUAAAGCUAUGAGAGAGACAAAACAGCCAUGCAAAAAUGGCAGCUGCCUGCAGCCUCUCCUUCCUGUCCUGAUUCCUUCUGUUCUUACUGUUCUGGUAGUAAUGCAUUGGGAGGACUGACUCCUGUUUUCAAUGUUAUUAAUUGUUUAAAUAGUUAAUUUCAUUUCAGAGAUGUUCUUCAGGCACCACCAUGUAGGCUACAACUUACCUUUUUAUUUAACAUGCAAACUGGACUCACAGUAUGAAGGAGAUAGUGUAGAUAGUACAGAGCUAAAAUCCUCAUCUCCUGAUCAUUAAACACAGGGUUGUCUCCGCUUCAGAACCUGGGCGUAAAGGAUCAGCUGGAGCUCCUCUGGCAUCCUGGUACCAGCAUUGCAAGCAGGAAGGGUAAAGUGUAUUUUGGGGUAUGCCCUCCCAGGAUGAAGCUCAUAAAUUAGAGAGGAAAUCUGAAAUAGAUUGCUGCUUGUAAUUGUCCAGAAAGCCAGAAAAAAUGCUUUGUGUCCCCAGGGCAGCAGAAAGAAUGCAUGGUCUUCUUUCCAAUUGCUGACUCAUUAAUGGAAGGGAAAACUUGACUUUUUGUUACAGAAAACGUGUAAGCUUUAAGCUUGCUGGUACUGACCAUUUUCUACAGCGCAAGUAAAUAAACCUGUCGUAAUAUUUUUCCAGAUAUAUAUCAUCCUGCAGCAUGCAACUGACAGUGUUUUGUGUUCUUGGCUUGUUAAGGGCCUGGCUGUCUCUCCCUGUUGCUCAGUAUCUGUUAUCUGAAAUAACAUGAAAUUCUCGGGCCGCAGUAUUGUAAUCAGAGGGCCCUUUACUGUGGCAUAUCCUUCCAUGAGGAUUUUCCAUCUCUGGAACACUGUAUGAGCCUGUCUCAGCUGUGGUAGCAAGGCAACACAGAAGUGUGAAUGUGUUCUUCUCUCAACUGCCAGAGAGGAUCCUGGUGGAAGGCUUUGAGAUUUCUUUUUUCUUUCCCUUUUCUCUUUUCUUUUUUUUUUUUUUUUCCAGAAAGUGACUCCCACGUGUUGUUUGACCAGAUGGAUCCCACACUGGAAUGAAAACGUAUCUUAAGAAAAACACACUUGGCAUUUAAAGUCUCUGUGCAUGAUAAAAUGAUUCUUAGUGUGUUUUGAAGAUAAAACAGAUUCCUUGGCAGUCGAGAUAGGAAAGCUCCUGCAAAGUUUUUAAAAGGAGAAACUCACUACUUAACCACUCUAUUAAGAUGUUUCAGUUGCAGGUAUUGUAGAGGCAAGAAUAUCAAGAACUUUUUUUUUUGUCAUUUUCAUCACACAUAGUAUCUGAGAAGGUCUAGUAUUUUCUUCCAUAGUACGUAAGGCUUCCUUGAAGAGAGAACUCUUUGCAGCUAAUACAAAACGUUUUGACUUAGCUUUUAUGUUUUGUAAAACAGGGCAGUAUAAUUUACCUUAGUACUGGGCAGAUAAAUCAUUCUCAGCAACAUUGUGUGAGAACGUACUGGUCACAUGGCCAAAUGCUUUAAGUAAUGCAAUAACAAAAGUGUUGGAGAAGAGGCUCAGUUCUAUCAAGACAGGUGUUAAUCAACAUCAGGGACAUAGGACCAGGAACCAUGAUCUGUAGGCAGGGAGGAGAUGGAAGCUUAUUGCUAUCCUGAGCAUACUCUUUCAUCCUCUCUCUUCUGCCCUGCCUUUUCACCUUGCCUAUAAACCAUGGCAGGCACAUACAGCACAGCCAGUAUCUCUCCUGCAGAGGCAUGUGCUCCUGACCUUUUGCUAGUGUCCUACUAGACUUUGCCAGCAUGGGGGAGAAAAGGGUCCUGAAAAUCAUGGUGCAUUUCAAAUAUCCCACUAUUGCAGAUAAGAGAAGGUGGUCAGUUGGUUAAAAUCUGUUUUGAUGGGUAAACACAUUACCUCUGUCUUGAAUUAAGAGAAUGGAAAUUCAAAAGCUCAUCCCUGAGAUACAGGUGCUACUUCAGAAAAUUUGCUGCUUUCUCCCCAUGACUUUUACACCUGAUUUGUAUAGUUUAAAUUGCUGAUGUUUUCUUUGCAUGGAUCUUUAAAUGAAAGUGUUAUUUUGCCAAAACCUUUUUGUUUAUAUAUGUGUGUGUGUACACACAUCUGCACACACCCUUUAAAAGCAGGCCUUAUUGUUCCCUUCACAGUGCCUACUUGUACAGCUUUUGCUGUUACAACAUUCUGAUAGCACUCACCUCUGGAUCUUUCCCUCACCAGUUUUGGAUAGGAGGCAGAGCUUGCUUUCCUACUGGUCCCACUGAGGUGCCCAGCAUAUAUUUCUAAUGGACCUGUGCUUUCCAACAAGACGUGAUGGCAAUAUAGUGAAAGCACAACUGUGUUUAGAGUACAGUCUCUGCAUGUGUACAGUUUAAACUCCUCUUUCUAGAUAUUAUUCAAGUCCGUAUAUGUCUAAAAUCAAUAGCAAUGGCUAUUGUAGCAUUUUAAAAACUAGAAGCAGCUGUAGCAUAGUCCACUGCAAGAUGUAACUAAGGUACAAAACUAAAUAGACUAUUGUUUGUUAAUCUUCAGUUACCCUCUUACAAGUAUUAUACAGAUUGCAUUUCUUUAAAGAGCAAAUAAUGUACUUUUUUGAAUAUCAGCUGUUUGGAAUCACUAAGCAUUUAUGUGUCCACAUUACUCUGCAGCAGUCUGUUGGCAUAUAAAUGUGUCAUUAUCAAAUGGAAGCCUCAUUUUGUGGCAGGAGAAGGUAAGAGGAGCUGUUGUGACACUUAAAAAGCACUUAUGUUGAAGACACAACAGACUUAGCUGCAUAGGUAUUUUAUAACGUACUGACUGCGUGAGCAGGUACGCCCAGUGUUGCAUAGCCACCAGUCCAUACUCCAGCACUGAAACGGGGUGCGUUGGAGUUGUGCACUUCAGAGACCUGGCAGUAGAAACUCUGUCAGUCUGUGCCUCAUACCUCUUUUCCUGACAACCUUCAUAGUAACCGUGCAUUUUCCUCUUCUGCUAGGCGGCCUUCCUGCCCUUUGGGCCCAGUCUUUAUACUGAAACUGGUAACAAAGGCACAAGUGUGUGGUGACGCAUGUGUGGAGGGUGGGGGAAUGGAGAUCCUGCUCCAAAGCACCACUCUAGCUAUUGGACUAUUGGGCUAGGCUGUUCAUGACUUUCUACUUCAGCCAUUUCACAGCUGUGCAGAAAAGACUCAGCAACUACUGAACUACCUUGGAUUUGUGGUGAUAGCGUUGCCUCAUUUUCAGGCUUUGAUCUUGUAUGCACCAGUGCAUGUAUCACUUCAUAUACUUUUUGCACUUAACAGAAAAUGCAGGAUAAGCUUAGAGUGUGGCAAAAUUGCAAUGUUUGUACUUUUUUGUAACUAUGGGGAUGAUUCUAUAAAGAUGCACUUUCAGGUAACGAUAAAAACAAGUUUGUAGAAUGCAGCUGUUCAGGUGUUUAUCUGACUGCAGCAUUCCUUGAUCCCCGUCCAUCUCUAAUACUGUCUUCUCCUUGAAAGCCUGCUUGGGAAUGAGAGAUGGUAUCUUCCUCCCAUUGCAGUAUGUAUUUAUAGCUGACUGACUGAAAGUUCGUAUAUAUUUUUAAACAACUACAAAUUGGCUGCUAUUCUAAGAUUUAGGUUUAUUAGACUGAUUUUAUAAUGCGUAAAAGUAAUGUUAAAGUUUUAUUUAUGAUGUCAACAUUUACUGACUUGACACUUGGCUUGUAGAAGAGAUCCAGCUCAAAGCCUUUGUUCCUUUUGCUAUUUAAUGUAUUUUAACAGCGUAGCCAUUGUAUGUGCAGAAUGCAGUGAAAUGAAUGCAAAUUACUAAUUGUAACCUGCAGUUAGACCAGCAGUUUCAAUGUUUACAGGACAGUGACUAUUGAUUGUAAACCCAUACAUGUCAGUUGAAACAGUGCACUCUUUCUGUGUUUUGGAAGCAUUAUUUCCACUUCCCAUGCCAAUUAAUGAAACAGUUGCCUUCUGGUUUGGAUUCCUGAUUAUGUCCCUUUGGAGAGAUUUAAGCGUGGGUUGUGACUUUACUGCCAUGGACUCGUAGACAGAAUUUCUACUGAUACAUGUGUUGUAUUGCACACAUGUUCUGAAAGAUUCACUGUAUUUUUUGUGAAGAUAAUUUAUGAGAAUGUUUUAUAAGCAGAUCAGUGUUGUAGAAAAAGUUGGUCUGAAGUCUUGAAAUAAAUGUGUGUAGAUAUUAAAGAUUUAUCCCAAAGCAAAGUAAUUUUAACAGGGCACUGUUACUGGUGUAGUUAGCUCUCUGAGCUCUCAUAGCACAGACCCAAUCAACAUGUCACUGUGCACAGUGUGUUAUUUAGGAGAUUACUUGAUUUCAGAAGAUGUGGCUUCAUUUAUGUUGUGUGUAUCCCAUAUUACACCUCUGGCAGCAACUCCUAAUAUAAACAUCAGGUGUAGAAGGCAGAACUUUAACCUGCAGCAAUUUGUAUGGGGAAAAAGAGCGGAGAAGCCUGCUCUUGUGCUUGACUGCAGGAACAUUACAAGUCUGGUGACUGUUUGGCACUUAAGAGUCCUCAUUCACCCUCCACAGGGUGCGCCACACAUUGGUCCUUUUGCUUUCUGAAGGAAGGAAGGCGCAAAUCAACAGGUUCACAGUGUCAAACAGUUAACAGCUCAUCCCACCAUGACAUCCCUUUCUUUGUGCUGCUGGUCUUGCCAAAUGGGGUAGCAAGAGGUGCUUGACGAAUUACUGAGUAUUUAUUGUGUCAUUUUAGGUGCUUAUAAAGCCUUCACUGCUAUUUUAAAGCAAAAUUCUGGGGAUCUGUAGUAUAGCAAUAGUUGUAUACGUCCAGCUUUCUGAACAUGUCAAAAGCAAGUUACCCUUGGGAUAGUUUAAUUAGCAAUGAUGUAGAUAGUAGCAAUUGAUACUUUGAAGCUGCAAGUUCUGGUUCUUGGAAGGAGUAUCUCUGCUUUGAAUGCAAAGCAUCACAGAGUUUGUAAUUCACUAUAGAUUUCAGUGUCCCUCCUACUUAUGAACUACCCAUGACGUCUUAACUCUUCUCAAACUAUGGCUUAACUAUUGCUUAAAUAACUGUUUUUCACCUCUGGUUAUUUAAAUCAUCCAACUUCAAGCAGUUUUAUGAAUGCUGUUUUAAUAUCAAGAUACUCUAAUAUGUCUUAUAGCAUUUCUUGUGAAUGUUCUAAUACAUUGGUAAUAAAUCAUCUUGGCCCAACAAGCUACGGUAAGUUGAUCACUGAACAGUUUAGUUAUUGUCUAGUGCUUAUUCUUUGUGCAUCUGCCUAAGAAUUCUCAGAAAAAAAAGAAAAAAACCCCACAAGUAUAAGCAUCGAAGUAGUUGAAAACUGUUUCCACAUUGUGUGCCUCAAACCAGUAAUGCAUUAUCACGUUUACUUGUAGAUUGGUCUCAGAAACAGGCUUAUAAUGAUGUAACUUGUUUCUCAAUGUCUGCCUUGCAAAUCACUAUGCUGUGGUAACUUGUCUACAAAUAACACACCUAGUGUACUAAUUGGUUUUAAAAAAAAAGUAUAAAAGAUGGACUUUUCUUUCCUAUUUAAACAUCUGUUUGUCCUUAUGUUCUUUGAACAAUUCUGUAUAUAUUUUGCAAUAUGUGUUCUGUGUUUGACUGUACAUUUUGCACUGAAUUGAAAUUCUGUAUUCUAAGUAUUAUUUCCAAGUUCCAGAGAUCUGUAACUAGAAUUUGUCUGUGAAAAAUACAUCUCUUCU